GUUUGUCGUCUCUGUGCGCGCGCUUUUCGCUGCAGUGGAAUCGAUUCUGUAAAAACCUUGGUUUCUUUCCUCUUCUUUCGAACGCAUGGGGAUCGUUCUCUCUCGCGAUAAAAGUUAUGCCGACGCAAGCUUGCGGGUUCGCGGUAUAAGUGAUGACCCCUCCUACCAUCUGAGGAUCGGGCAUUUUUUGCGCGCCUUCUGGUGUUGUGUAUUUUCCAGUCUCUAGCUUCUGCGAGAGUGGACAGAGUCUAUUCGUUUCCUCCGCCAGCAUCGCCUGCAGCUCCUCAGCGGGCGUCUUCCAGCAGUUGCUCACCAGGGCGUCUUCCAGCGGCUCCUGGGCGGUGGCUUGCGGUGGUGGUAGCGAAGUGAGAUAGAGCUCUCAAGCAAGGCAGCUAAGCACAGACCUUCAAAGGCUAUACAAAUAUUGUGGGUUAUUGGUUUUGAGUGGAAAAAAUGGAGGUGAUGAAGGCAAAUAAUAGGAAGAAGCAGAUAUACCUUUUCUACUGCGUGGAGUAUGAAGAUCUUGCUCGUGCAAUUGCUGCUGAGUCAGAUUGCAUUCUGUUGCAAUCCAUCUCUUGGAGGUCCUUUGAUGAUGGAUUCCCAAACCUGUUCAUUAACAAUGCACAUGAUAUUCGGGGCCAGCAUGUUGCUUUUCUAGCUUCUUUUAGCUCUCCUGCAGUCAUCUUUGAGCAGCUUUCUGUCAUAUAUGCUUUGCCGAGGCUUUUUGUUGCUUCUUUUUCAUUGGUUUUACCAUUUUUUCCUACUGGUUCCUUUGAACGGAUGGAAGAGGAAGGGGAUGUUGCUACUGCAUUUACCUUAGCACGUAUACUGUCAAAUAUUCCCAUAUCUCGUGGUGGUCCAACUAGCUUGGUUACAUAUGAUAUUCAUGCUUUGCAGGAAAGGUUUUAUUUUGGUGAUCAUGUUUUGCCUUGCUUCGAGUCUGGAAUUCCUCUGCUGAAGCAAAGGCUUCACCUGCUUCCUGACUCUGAAAAUAUUGUUGUGGCGUUCCCUGAUGAUGGGGCAUGGAAGCGCUUCUAUAAGCAGUUGCAGCACUUUCCAAUGGUGAUCUGCACCAAGGUUCGGGAAGGUGAUAAGAGAAUUGUGCGUCUGAAGGAAGGAAAUCCUGCUGGUUGCCAUGUUGUAAUUGUUGAUGAUUUGGUACAAUCUGGUGGUACACUUAUAGAGUGUCAGAAAGUUUUAGCUGCUCAUGGAGCUGCAAAGGUCAGUGCUUAUGUCACUCAUGGUGUGUUUCCAAAGAGGUCGUGGGAGAGAUUUAUUCCUAGCAAAAAUGGCUCCGCAAGGCCUUUUACGUACUUCUGGAUCACCGAUUCAUGCCCUCUUACGGUGAAAGCGGUGGAAAACAAGGCUCCCUUUGAGGUACUCAGUCUUGCAGGUUCCAUUGCUGGUGCUCUUCAGAUUUGAAGAGCAUGAAACGUCGGUGUUUCUCAUUAGCCAGUGGAAGCUGCAUACUCAAUUGUAUUUCUGAUUCCAGUGGAUAAAAAUGUUGCUUCAAGCAAGGAAAUAAACUUUGGGAGAUGUUGUGGAAGAGAGAGAAAGAAAGAGGGAGUGAUUAUAUUCUUUUUGUGCUCGAUGAACAUCCUGUAUUUGCCUAUCAGUGGCUUGUAAGGAGCUUAAAGGAAAAUUCCAUUUUGUGAAAUGGGGAAAUUCUUAUUAUACA